AUGGAAGGGAGUUUUUUUUACAUCUUUUAUUCUCUUUCUACCCUAGUUUUUCUCUCCCUUCUCUCUAAACUGGGAGUGCCUGGUGGUGGCGGCGUCCAUCGUCGACUACCGUGUCAACCGCCGUUAUCGGUGGUUGCUGGCCACCAAAUUUCACUGGGUGGCUCAUCUCAUCACGGUGAGUCUGGAUCGGGGCUUCAUUUCGUGAGAUUCGACCUCCUUCGUCGUGAAAUGGGCCGAGAAUUCCUCCACUUCUCGAGCUUUGAUCUCUUCCGUCUGUUGUUGGAUCGAGCCGCGGCUGAGGGAUGAUGAUGGCACAGUGACUGGAAUGGCUCGGCGUGGCUGGCGACGAUGGCUUGCUUUUCAACGGUGGGCGGCGACGACUAGCGCUUUUGGUUAGGGUUAGGCUAAGUUAGGGUUUAUAUUCAGGCUUGGGCUAGGGCUUGGCAAUUGGUCGUCUCUGAUUUGUAUUUUGGGCCUAUUGGGUUUAUUUGUAAUAAUAAUAAUAAUAAUAAUAAAUGGUGAUUACAAUGUUGAUUAA